UUUCAGCAGCAGGUUGGUUGUUUGCAAGGUGGCACCUGGCUCCGAGAGAGGAGGUUAAACCGUCUACCCUGCUCUGCCCAGCCGGGGAUGGUGGGCAGGGAGAGCAGCAAGCAUCACCAAGGACAGUCGCCCUUACGCCGCCGUCCCUCCAAGGUACCAUUUUACUCCCAAAACACCCACAUCCCAAGGUGCUGCCUGCAAUUAAACGGGUUAUUUAAUCCGAGAGGUGCUGCCACAACACAGCCCAGUGACCGUUUGACUCUCAUUGUGUCGCAUGCCUGUUAUCAUCUGACCCCGCCGGAGUUAUAAAUACGACAACAGUAGAGCCUUAACUGGAUUAUAAUUAGACAAUGAGUCCAGGAGGAUGGAAACAAUGAACUAUAAAAGCCUGUCUAUCCUCUCAGCUAGGACCUACACAUAUGGGAAGCACUGGAAUGGGCGAGCUACCAGGACCUGUAACAGAAAAGCUACAGAUAUCCCCCAAAUUGGAUUCAGAGCAUCCUCUAACGGCUCGUGCUCCCUCCACCAAGUAUUACAUGGCCCUGGUCACGGGAGACCUGAAAAGCCUCGAGGUCUUGACUGACCGGUACUAUCAAGAUGUCAACCUGGUUUUUGAGAUCAGUAAAGAUGAGCUGGAGUGGCAAGUGAAAAGCCAAGCAUCUUAUGGACUCUCAGGGCUGUGGUCACUGGAGUACAAGCAGGAGCUCAGCACCCCGUUGUGCCUCGCCGCCCGCCACGGUCACACUGCCUGCCUGCGCCAUCUCCUCCGCCGACGGGCCGACCCCAACCUGGCACCAGGGGGGCGCGGACCCCUACACGAAGCCUGCCUUGGGGGGCACACUGACUGCGUCGAGCUGCUGCUGGAGCACAAGGCUGAUCCCAACCUACUGAGCGAAGAGGGCCUGGCCCCGCUCCACCUCUGCACCACCCAAGACUCCCUGAGAUGUGCCAAGCUCCUGCUGAGACACGGGGCCACUGUCAACCUGCCCAGCGAGGACGAUGGGGAGACGGCGCUGCAUGUGGCAGCCAGGCACUGUCUCUGCGAUCAUGCCCGCCUCUACCUGCGGCACGGGGCACUCGUUGAUGCGCGUAGCAUGCGUGAGGAGACAGCCCUCAGUGUCUUGUGCGGACGGGCGUCGGGUGCUGGCGAGGGCUGCCUGCAACUUUGCCGGCUUUUGGCUGCCAACGGUGCCGAUAUUGAUGCCCGGGAUGAGAUGCGGAGGAGCCCCUUGCACAAAGCGUGUGGAGCUGCCAACGCCAGCCUGGCGCUCUUCCUCCUGCAGCGCGGGGCCGACGUCAACGCCCUAGACUACGGUGGCAUCUCCCCGCUGCGCUGUGCGCUGCAGGGUGCCGCCUUCAAGAGGGAGCUGCGGCCUCACCUCGCUGUCAAGCUGCUGCUCAACCACGGCUCCCAGAAGAUAUGGCCCCCUGCCUUCGUCAAGGUGCUGAAGUCCUGUGCAGCUGUGCCAGAGAUCAUCGAAGUCCUCUUCAAUUCCUACUCACAAAUCCCUGUCUCCGAGAAGUGGAUUGAGGCUGUGCCAGAGGAGGUGUUCCAGCAGCACCAGCUAUUCUACGAGUCCUUCUUCCGGCUGGUGGGCACAGUCCGAUGCCUACAACACUUAUGCCGCUCCGCCAUUCGGAAACAGUUUGGCAACAAAUGCCAUCUCCUCAUCCCUUUGCUGCCUGUGCCCAAGCCUUUGCAGGAUUACCUGCUGCUGGAUCCCGAAGGAGUCGUGCUUUGAAGGACCGAGAGGAGCCAAACGAGGUCUGCCGCCCAGCCCUCCCUUGCCUCGACACCCCUCGGUGAAGCACAGCAACAUCCAUUUCUGUCAGCCGAGUGAAGGAGCGCUGGUUGUCAUGAUAGAUGGUUGUUUUUCAGGGAUUUAUAACGUAACUAAAAUGUGCUUUCGGCUGUAACUUUGUAUAGAUUUUUUUCUAAUUGUGCUUUAAAUAGAUUACAAAGAGUAAUAAAAUGAUUAGUAGCUGUUACAAGCGUGCUGCAGAUAUGAAUAAUACUCAUUAUAAAGGAUCUCUGCAAAGCGGCGGGGCUCCUCAGGUGUGCAAAGGCAAGCACACAUGGCAGACAACUCAAACCAGCCCACAUGGGCAUCAAAUCCCUGUGGAGAGAUCCCCUCGUGAGUGAAACAAGUGAACUGGGAGCAGAGGUGCAGUGUGGAAGCCACCAGAAGGGUGCAGUGCCCAGUGGCAUUAAUAUCGACCGUAAAAUAGACCAAAAUUUUAUUUUUUUUAUGUAGAAGCUACCCAGAAGGAGCUGGUUACUCCCUGCAGGACACCAGAGGUGAGGAGUGACACAGCCCCCCUGUUUCUCCCAGCUCCCCGCUAUCCAAAGGAUGCACCAGCACCUCCCACACUCAUCGUUCCCUUUGCUGCUCUGAGUCCGCGGAGGGGCUGGAAAACCCAGUGGCAGCCCAAAGCGAAGCAGUUUGGUCUUUCUUUUCCCACAUUGACUUGGCAAAAGGUACCAGGAGGAGUGAGGAUUUGUUUUUCCAGACCCUCAGGCUCCCCAGAUGAGUUUCUGCUGAACCAAAGUAAGCGUGCGCACGCGCCCCUUGGAAGAACAGCUGUCCUUAUGCUGGCAGCUCUGCCACAGCACCCGCCAAACUGUUCCAUUGCUUAAUUACAGUCACUAUUUAAAAUAGUUAUAUAUAUCAAUAAAUCAGCCUUCUUUUCAUCUGUGACUGGGCUUUGCAGCAGCACCCGCCACCGUUGAGGGUGCUACAGACGACAUGCGCAGGAUGCGGGCAGCAUCCCUGGCUCCCGGAGCCAGUGCCCGCGGAGUGGGGAGCAUGGGAAUGGGGAGGGAAAGGCAAUUCCCUCCUCCCAGCUUCCACUUGCUGCUUUCACAUCUCUCCCCCUUUAAGUGUGGGGGCACAGCCAAGCAGAUGUGCACUGGCAUCACGAAGCCCCUUCUUUGGCACCUGAGCCCUGUCCCAUGCAGGAACGCCCCACGGCAAAAAAAAACCCAUUCCAAAUUUCCAUGAUAGCUUGGGCGGCAUGACCUAGUGGGAUGUCCCUGCCCAUGGCACGGGGGUUGGAACUGGAUGAUCUUUAAGGUCCCUUCCAACCUGAAAUAUUCUAUGAUUCGAUGGUUCUAUGGUUCUCUGAUUCAAUGGUUCUAUUAUUUGGUGGUUCUGUGGUUCUAUGAUUCGAUGGUUCUGUGGUUCUCUGAUUCGAUGGUUCUAUUAUUUGGUGGUUCUAUGGUUCUCUGAUUUGAUGGUUCUGUUAUUUGGUGGUUCUAUGAUUCGAUGGUUCUAUGGUUCUAUGAUU